AAACUUUGUCCAUGUAGAGAAGCAAGUGAAUUUUCAAAGAUAAAAAAAAUGUUGAAAUGAUGCCUUGAUACUUAAGCGCACCUGUUUCGCACCUGUGAUUUCGGACAGGUACACAAAAGGUUCAGCCAUGAAUUGCAGAAAUACAUAUGAGAUCCUGUUCAUCUUGUCAGUAUGCGUACAACUUGUCUACCCUUGUCCACAGUACUGUGACUGUUCACGGUGGUCCGAAGUCAGAUGUCAGCAAGUUGCAAUGAAUGAUGUGAUGAGCAACCUUCCACCAGGGACCAUGAGACUAGAGGUCAAACAAACGACCUCAUCCUCUUUGACCUCGUUAGACUUCAACACAUCUUAUAGUGUGAUCAAUAAUCUUAAGAUCUACAACAGUUACAUUCAAAGGAUAGAUGAUGGGACUUUUUCUUCAUUGAGAAAUCUUCAAACAUUAAACCUUACUCGCAAUAAUUUGCGUACAAUAUCAAAAAAUGCCUUCCGAGGAUUGACCCAGCUGACAAAGUUAGACUUGUCACAUAAUGGCAUACAAAAUAUUGACGAAGUAUUUUAUUCUGUUGACCGACUUCAAAUGCUUUAUAUCAACAGAAACUCACUGACAGCCAUACGCAGUGGUGCCUUCAGUGCUCAGAAACAGUUACAAUACCUUCAGCUGGAUGGGAACGAAUUCCAGAGUUUGACAGUGAACUCCUUCAGCGGAUUGUCUAGCUCCCUUCAGACUCUGUAUAUGAGGGGCUGUGAACUAAACACAAUGGGCAUGCUUCUUUCUCUUCGACAACUGAAAUUACUUGAUUUGGGAGAAAAUGCCAUAACUAAAUUGCCUUCAAAUUCUCAACUUCGCCAAGCCUUUCCUCAACUCCGUUUUCUUUUCUUGGAUAGAAAUGGAUUUACUCGUCUGGCAGAUGGACAGUUUUCAAAUAUGAAUCUAGAUACAUUAGAUUUAGCUUCAAACAGGCUAGAUCAAGUGACUAACAUCUUGUUCAGUGGAUCAAGUGUGCAACAUCUGAAUCUCUCAAACAAUGCAAUCAUAAAUGUUGGUGAGUCUGCGUUCAAGCAAAUAAAAUCACUCAACAGUCUCAAUCUGGCUCAGAAUCCCAUCGGUACUUUCCCACGAGAAUUAUUUCGCGGUAUUUUUUCUCUGCGUGAGCUGAACCUUUCUGCGUGUGCACUUAAUAGUUUGAGUGAGGACCAGUUCAAGGAAAUCUACCUGUUUCAAUUGGACAUUUCCCGAAAUUCUCUCCCUUUUCUUCCGCAAGGUCUGCUAGAUCGUUUAACAAUGAUAAGUAAGUUUUAUAUUUAUGAGAACCCCUGGCACUGUGACUGCCGUAUUGCUCCCCUGAAGCAGUGGCUUGAGCGAUUCUGGACGCGUAGUUGUAACCCUGUACAAUUUCCUGUAGAAUGUCAGGCCCCUCUGUGCAUGUCACCGCUAUCUUUAACCCAGCGUCCAAUCACAGACCUGACUGCAGAUGAAAUCAACACAUGUAAACCCAUGGAACAAGUGGCCUCCGCGGAUACGGGACUGGCUGUGGGACUCGCCGUCGGAGCAGUUCUCCUGUGUCUGCUUGUGGCCAUCAUUAUCUUCAUUAUCUGUCGAAGGAGGAAAAACAAUAAACCAGGAGGACAGUUUCACCUCUGUAAAUCACCUGCUUCUGAUGUCACCAGCCAUAAUGAAGAAUUCGAGAAAUCAUCUAAACCUCAGGUCAAGCCUUUCAGUGAUGGAGAUCAAGUGUCUAUCCAGUCAGACAAAAGCUUUGUUGUGAGACACUUCUUUCAGACAAUGGUGUCUACUGAUCCUAGUGCAAUGUCCAAUCCACCCGAGAGAAUGCGUAGGGAUACAUUUAGGACUACUUACAGUGGCUCUAAUCCCUCAUUGGCUAGUUCUGCUUACAGUUAUCCAAUAGGAAGAGAGACAGCUAUCUGACCAAUCAUUAAUUAUUGUUCUCAUAACCAAGAAAUCAUUAAUCAUCACAAACUAUAGCAAUAAGCCAUAGCAUUAUGUUUGUAGCAUCAGAAAAACAGCUGUGUAAUUGGACAUAUUGUUAAAAGUCUCGUUUUGAAUCAUUUUCCAAUCCUGGUGUUCCUCAGACACAAAGUUUAUCAGUAUUAAUAAGAUUGAAACUAUUUAUUUCAUAAAUGGGGUAGGAAUUCCAGACCAGUUAGUAUGUUGAUUUGGAUAUUUGAAUAUCUUACCAAAAACAAAUUAAGUAAUAUUAAACUGGUUUUUUUUUUUUUAAAUAGUUUUCCUGAAUUUACGGUUAUAGUUCUUUUAAACAUUGGAAGACCAAUUUGUAAAUGAUUUAAUCUCGAAAUUAACAAAGCUAGCUCAUUGUUAGAGUUUGUAUGAUUGAGUCUUGUUAAAAUUAUUUGAUGUAGGUUUUAACACGUUUAUGGUUAUGUGGAUUAUAAAUCAAAACAGGCCAGUUCUUUCUACAUAAUUUAACUCAAACUGAUUCAGAUAAACAAUACGAGCAGUAGUUACUAUUACAUGUAUGUGUAAAUUUACAGUAGUAUCAAAAAGACUGAGAGUGUCAUAAGAACAGAGUCCAUUUAAACAAGAAAAUGUGCUCAGAAUGGGUAUAAUAAUGUAAUAUAUAACUUAUUUAGAGCAUAAUAGUGUAAUUAGACUUGGAUGGCAGUCAUGCUUGCCGUAAAUGUGAUGUCUUAGUUUUAGGAUAGGUCUCUGAGAGAUCUGUUUUAUCAUUAGCUCAGUAGAGAAAUCAGAAUCUUUUUUGUACUUUAUACCUGAAUGUAUUUUUUAUAACAGACUGAGCUAUAUUUACCAGUUGUUUACAUGCAGUAAUAAGUGUGUAUCAGAAACAUACUAAUUAUGUCUUAGGCCAAAUAAAAAAAUAUGUGUGGUUCCGGUUACCCGACCAUCCCUAUUUUAUACCCCCGACCCUAAACUUUUUUUUGGCAAUUUUCAUAUUUUUUCCGUAAUUUUCCCCGAUUUCCAUCAAUGGCUCUGGUUUAAGUUUUAGCAAUGAUGGCCUCCUUGCACAACAUUGUGCAAGUGUUUAAUAGUGUUAAAUCCAAAGCAAGCUAGCACGUAGGUGUGACCGUGUCCCCUACCAAUACAGUUUAUAUUAUCACACCACAUCUAAAUGUCAUUUGCAAAACAGUAAUAGGCAUUAUUUAGAAAAUUAAAAAAAUCAUUUUGUUUAAAAAAAAAAAAAAAAAAAAAAAAAAAAAAAAAAUCCCUACCUACCUACCCUAAUUUUUUUGGAGGUGUAACCGGAACCACACAUAUUUUUUUGUUUGGCCUUACAAGACAACUUCAUAUACUCUUAUACCAUGUCAUCUAAAAUUAAUUUAAUCUGAAUGUAAGAAGAAAGGUGGUGAUUAUAUUACACAAUGUAUUAUUUAUAUGAAAUAUAUUUUAUUAAGACUGAAGGAUUUUAUUUCCAAAUGAAUAGAUACACAGUAAAUUUUAUAAAUUGUUGAUAAGUAACACAAUACAUGUACAUGUACUAACAAGCAAUUUGUGGUUCAGUUCCUGAAAAAUGAAUUACUGGAUAAGUAAUGUAUUUCUGUCUUGGAAAGAAAAUAAAGACAGCUUAAUUCAUAUGCUUUA